AUGGCAAAUGCGAUUGCCAUUGAUCAUUCGGAUCCUGAUUUUCAAUUAUUAAAAAAUUUUGAUGAUGCAUGGCGUACAGAUCUUGCUUUGAUUCGACAAAUUACUUUACAAGAAAUGCAAGAAGAGGAAGAUAGAAUCUUGGCAGCACGACUCGCUGGUAUCACAUUGGAUGCAAUUCCUGAUGAAGUUCGUAGUAUGGCAAUGCUGCUUCAUGAUUCUGAUAAUGAAAAUGACCAUGAAGAUGAACAAACAAGUAUGUUUAGCUUACUGCAAUUCAUAGCUUAUACUUAA